AUGCAGCAAAGUUGGGACAAAGGUGUGGAGUCAUUGCCGGGACCUGUUGGAGUAAAGUAUGAUGACAGCAUGACUGUUCUGAAAGUACAUUUAGUGGUGAUGGGAAUCAAACCAAAGACAUUUAUUCACGCUGCUAAUACUGAUGUACAUUUAAAAUACGACGAUGAGAGUUUCAGCAUACUUCUGGAAGUUUUCAAAUUAAACAAGAAGACUAAACCACCAAUGAAAACGGUUUUGGAGAAACGAUAUUUUGAGAUGCGAAAGUGUCCGGGUAAAAUACUUGACAUUAACUACAAGUUAGAAAAGGAUCAGUGUAUUUUGUUUGUUCGAAAAUCAUUGCCUGGCCUUUGGUCCAAUGCUCUUUCAAUGUAA